ACCUUAUCUCCUCGUCCCAACGACCUUUAAAACCUCUCUCCACUUUCUUCCCUCCGGCACUCAUGGCAGCUCUGCCACCGCCAUGGCCUACCUCUCCACCACGCGCUUUAUCCCCGUCUACCACCGCUGCAUCUUCUUUUCUGCAUCCUCCUCGCCUCCCAUUGUCACUCGACGGUGCCCUGUUCCUACACUGUCAUGCCACGGCCGCGAUGUGCUCGACGUAAUGCCCAACAGAGACAGCAGGAUCCCAGGAACGGAGGAAAGUAGAGCAGGCCCGGCCGGACCACCGCGUGGCACAAAUGGACCAACUGUACGAGAAGACGCCACGGCACAGGAGGCACGCACGCCGUUGUGGAGGGAAGGGAGCCGUGGCGCGCCAAGGACGUGGAGGAAAGGGGACAGGGUUGUGCUACAAGAACGUGUGGAAUGGGUGUCACAAGAGAGGAGCUGGAGGCGAGGACUGACACGGAGUUUGGGGUCAGAAGGGCCCAGGGCGGGGAAACGCUGGACUAGAGAAGGAAAUGGAAUGCGGGCAAAAGAAUCUGGAAAGGUUGGAAAUUCAAGAGAUGAGGGUACAGGAAGAAGAAACGCGAGUAAGAAAAUGAAGAGAUCAAAGGGUGGUGAGUAUGCAGGCAAGCUGAGAGUUGAGCUGGACAUGUGCUCCAAGAGAGGAGAUGUGAUGGGGGCGAUCGCUCUGUAUGAUUCCGCAGUUGAGGAAGGGGUCAGGUUGGGGCAGCAUCACUACAAUGUGCUCCUUUACCUAUGUUCUUCAGCUUCUCUUGGUUUUGUGCAGCCAGCAAAAAGUGGUAACACCAGUAGUGGUAUCGCCAGUUUUGGUCCUUCACAGAAACUUGGUCCUUUACCCAGCGGAAACUUGGGAGGUUCAGAGGGAGACGAUGCAUCUGAAGGUCAUGUUCAAGAUCUGGGGAAAAACAAGGCCAGUUUGCUUCCAGGUGGUUCGAAGGCACAAACAGUUAGCAUACCAGUAGGAGAUGAUCUCAGAGAGUAUGCAUGUGCACGAGGAUUUGAGAUAUUUGAGAAAAUGUGCUCAGAGAAAGAGAGGGUUCAAAUGAGUGAGGCUGCUCUGACUGCAAAGGCACGCAUGGCAUUGUCCAUGGGCGACAGUGACAUGGCCUUUGAGAUUGUGAAACAGAUGAAAGACCUGGGUUUAAAGCCAAAGUUGCGCUCAUAUGGUCCUGCUUUAACAGCAUUUUGCAACGGUGGUAAUGUUGAAAAAGCAUUUGAAGUAGAAGCCCAUAUGUUGGAAUCUGGAAUCACACCAGAAGAAGCUGAGUUGGAGACACUUCUCAGGGCUAGUGUGGUUGGCCGACGGGGAGACAAGGUAUAUUAUUUGAUGCAUAAGUUUAGGACUACUGUCAGACAGGUAUCCCCUUCUACAGCUGAAUUGUUUGAGGUUUGGUUUCGGAGCCCAACAGCAUCCAAAGUUGGGAAGAGAAAGUGGGAUACAGGUGCUAUAGUGAAGGCUAUUGAGAAUAAUGGAGGAGGCUGGCAUGGAUUUGGUUGGUUGGGGAGGGGGAAAUGGACAGUGACACGCUCAAACAUCAACAAGAAUGGCGUCUGCCUUGCUUGUGGAGAAAAGCUGGCUAUUAUAGAUCUUGACCCAAAAGAAACAGAAGAUUUUGCCACAUUUGUGGCAAAAUUAGCUAUCAAGAGAGAGAGGAACUCGAACUUUGAGAACUUCCAGAAAUGGCUUAAAAAGCAUGGGCCUUUUGAGGCAGUUGUGGAUGCUGCCAAUGUUGGCCUGUUUGGCCACAGACACCUUUCUUUGAGUUAAUGCUGUUGCUGAUGCAAUAAGGCUAAGGUUUACAUCAAGAAAAUGGCCUUUGAUAGUUUUACAUAACAAGCAUCUCACUGGAGAGCACAUGAAAAAACCUGGUAAUCACAAGUUGGUAGAAAAGUGGAAGCAAGCA